AUGGUUUCCCUUCGCUAUCUCCCGGCCUACGCCUACGCUCUCUUCGCUGCCUCUAUUACCACCGCAGCACCUGCACCCAUUGCCUCUCAAGCCGCGUCGAGCGCCACAGCCAAGACUGCUGUCGCCGUCGGUGCCGUCAUCGAUCGAUGCACGACCCCCGGUACGAUAGCCCUUACCUUCGAUGACGGGCCGUUCCAGUACACUGCCGAUCUCCUCGAGCUCCUUAGCCAGAACGGAGCCCCAGCGACGUUCUUCCUUAAUGGACAGAAUAUGGGGAAUAUCUAUGACUACGCGGAGGUUGUCCAGCGGAUGCAUAAUGAGGGACAUCAGAUUGCGUCUCAUACAUGGAGCCACCCCUACCUCACCUCGCUCGACUACAACGGCAUCGUGUCGCAGAUGACCCAGCUUGAGAAUGCGUUUCAGGAAAUCGUCGGCGUCAAGCCCGCCUACAUGAGGCCGCCGUAUCUUGCUACUAACGACGUCGUGCUGGGUGCUUUGGCAGAUCUCGGGUACCAUGUUAUCAGCUGCAGCAUCGACACGAAGGAUUACGAGAAUGAUGACCCCAGUUUGAUUGCCAACAGUGUGAACAAGUUCAACGCUGAGUUGAAUGCUGGAGGUAAUAUCGUUUUGUCGCAUGAUGUGCAUGAGCAGACGGUGUAUACUCUGGCGCAGGCUAUGUUGAAUGAGAUUAAGGCUAGGGGGUUGACUCCUGUUACGGUGGCAGAAUGCUUGGGUGAUUUGAAUGGGUGGUACCGGUAG